AUGCCAAAAGCUCCGUCAACAGAGGAUGUAGAGAUCCUCAGAACCAGAUGUUUCCCAUACGACAGGAUUCCGAUGCUUUUCGGGUUGCAGUUCUGCACCAGUGCAGAGGAGGACAAGAUAUGGCGUUUUGAUGUAAUGGAGACACCGGAUUUCCUAAGGAACGUUAUUGACGCACUUGUGUGUUUGCGGUGGAGAAAUACACCGCUUACAAUGGCUUACCCCUGGGCAGUCGAAGGGCCUUUAGCAGACGCAAAGAUAAAGGUCCUCCUGACUUCAGUUAUUGCACUUGAAGCUGGGAUGACAGUCGUUCCACGGAAAGAGUUUUACAAAAAGGAGCCCCCAAUCGUACUACGCCCCAAAGUCGGUAUAGCGGCCGACGUGCAAUACCAUGGCAGACCCCGGAGGCUGAAGGUUCGCACACCCUGGACUAUCUGGCACUGCGAUGAGGACGAUGCAGUGGUAAGCAUCGUCAUAUUUCAACUGAGCUGGGCCAUUACGCAGAGGAACUACCCUGCUGUUUUGCACAUAUCGGAGCAAUACACAGAGCCCGAAAGGCCAUCCACCAAGAUGCAUGCAUCUAGGGAAUUGCUACAGAUGCCAAAUAAUAUUCCCCUUGGCAUCAAGGAUGGAUCCAUACUGGCCAAAUUUGAUACAGCGGAAUUUGAAGCUCCUGUCCCGAGGGAGACCCUUGAAGAUUGUACCAUUUACCUUUCACGACCACUUCCCAUAUCCUACGGAACCCCAGCUCUCUGUGAUCUAGGCGAGGCUCGUCUGAGAAUUGACCGACAACAAGGCGAUAUCAUGCCGGAUGUCUACCGGGCACCUGAAGUCAUCUUGGACAUGUCUUGGGACUAUAAAGUUGACAUCUGGAACGUUGAGAUGGUGAUAUGGGAUCUAUUUGAGCAUCGUCGCCUUUUUAGGGCCCGGAAUCCCGAGGAAAGAGCCACUGCAAAAGAGCCUCUGUUCGAUCCUUGGUUGAUGCAUGGUCUGUUUGAGUGA